GACUUCCUCCACGCGCCGGCUUCCUGCGGGGCUGGCAUUUAAACGUGCGCCGGGGCUGCGGGAUGCUGCUGCGGAUGCGGAGCUGUCCGCAGGCUGAGCUUUGCUGCCUCCGUCGCCUCCCCUGACCCGCCUGGGCCCCGGGCAUCACUUAGGCGCGCGCCUGGCAGGAGAUCGGGUACCCCUCCCGCACUGGACCCGGUAUCUGUCAGUGUCGUUGCAGGUUCGGCUGUCAUUUCCAAGGCUGCCAGCCCCCUCCCGCAGUCCGGAUCAUCUCCCUCCCCGACCCGGCUGCCGAUGAAGCAGGGGCUGGGCUGGGUCCAGCAGCAAGGGACCGCGCGCGCCCGGGCCAUGGUGCGGCUGAGCCCCGCGCUCCGGUGAGGUGGCGGCGCGUCUCCAGCGCCUUCCCCAGGAGCCUUCCCCGCCGCCGCCGCGAUGUUCAGCUGGCUGGGUACCGACGACCGCCGGAGGAAGGACCCCGAGGUCUUCCAGACCGUGAGUGAGGGGCUCAAAAAACUCUACAAGAGCAAGCUGCUGCCCCUGGAAGAGCACUACCGCUUUCACGAGUUCCACUCGCCGGCCCUGGAGGAUGCGGAUUUCGACAACAAGCCCAUGGUCCUGCUGGUGGGCCAGUACUCCACUGGAAAGACCACCUUCAUCAGGUACCUGCUGGAACAGGAUUUCCCAGGCAUGAGAAUUGGGCCUGAGCCAACCACUGACUCCUUUAUUGCGGUGAUGCAAGGGGACGUGGAGGGGAUCAUCCCUGGGAAUGCGCUGGUGGUGGAUCCCAAGAAACCCUUCAGGAAACUCAAUGCCUUUGGCAACGCCUUCUUGAACAGGUUCGUGUGUGCCCAACUGCCCAACGCUGUGCUGGAAAGCAUCAGUGUCAUUGACACACCAGGGAUCCUCUCUGGGGAGAAGCAGAGGAUCAGCCGAGGAUAUGACUUUGCAGCUGUCCUCGAGUGGUUCGCUGAGCGGGUGGACCGCAUCAUCCUGCUGUUCGAUGCCCACAAGCUGGACAUCUCCGAUGAGUUUUCGGAAGUCAUCAAGGCUCUGAAGAACCAUGAGGACAAGAUGCGAGUGGUGCUGAACAAGGCCGACCAGAUCGAGACGCAGCAGCUGAUGCGGGUAUAUGGGGCGCUCAUGUGGUCUCUGGGGAAGAUCGUGAACACCCCGGAGGUGAUCCGCGUCUACAUCGGCUCCUUUUGGUCCCACCCCCUGCUCAUCCCCGACAACCGGAAGCUCUUUGAGGCUGAGGAGCAGGACCUGUUCAGGGACAUCCAGAGUCUACCCAGAAAUGCGGCCCUCCGCAAACUCAAUGACCUCAUUAAGAGAGCCAGGCUGGCCAAGGUUCAUGCCUACAUCAUCAGCUCGCUCAAGAAGGAGAUGCCCUCUGUGUUUGGGAAGGACAACAAGAAGAAGGAGCUGGUGAACAACCUGGCUGAUAUUUAUGGCCGGAUUGAGCGGGAGCACCAGAUCUCACCUGGGGACUUUCCCAACCUAAAGAGGAUGCAGGACCAGCUGCAGGCCCAGGACUUUAGCAAAUUCCAGCCUCUCAAGAGCAAGCUGCUAGAGGUGGUGGAUGACAUGCUGGCGCACGACAUCGCCCAGCUCAUGGUGCUGGUGCGCCAGGAGGAGACCCAGCGGCCAGUCCAGAUGGUGAAGGGUGGAGCAUUUGAGGGCACCUUGCAUGGUCCCUUUGGGCAUGGCUAUGGGGAAGGAGCUGGGGAGGGCAUUGAUGAUGCUGAGUGGGUGGUAGCCCGAGACAAGCCCAUGUAUGAUGAGAUCUUCUACACCCUGUCCCCGGUGGACGGCAAGAUCACAGGCGCUAAUGCCAAGAAGGAGAUGGUACGUUCCAAGCUUCCCAAUAGUGUGCUGGGCAAGAUCUGGAAGCUAGCUGACAUUGACAAGGAUGGCAUGUUGGAUGAUGAGGAAUUUGCCCUGGCCAACCACCUUAUCAAGGUCAAGCUGGAGGGGCAUGAGCUACCCAAUGAGCUGCCCACCCAUCUCCUGCCUCCAUCCAAGAGGAAAGUGGCUGAGUGACCAAGGGACAAGGCUGCUUCAGACAGGCAGUGUUAGAGGAGAUGGGCAGGGUAACCACACAUCAGUGUGCACACACACACACAUAUCUUGACAAGUACAUUAUCGAUAAGAAGGGACUGUAAUUCCCACAUUUCCAGGCUGAUUCUUGUUUGAACACCUCUCAGAGUUCUCAAGAUUGGUCGAAGGACAGCAGCAAUCCCAGGUCCCAGAGUGCAAGCCUGUGUCUCCACAUCUCUUUUCCUCCAUCUCUACUCCCCUGAGACCUCAGGAUAUCUACCCACUGAUGGCACCUGACCCCCAGUGCCUCUACACCCUGGCUCUGGGCAGAUGGGAAAGGCUUUUUAUUUAACAGGCAAUUCACUUUAUUUUCUGUACUUUUAUUCUUCCCUCUUUGGCUUCCUAAUGAAAUAUCUACUAAGAGGCUUGGAAGUGUGAGGGAGGGGGGCCAAGCUGAGAAGCACCUCCAGAGUAUUGCAUCGCAGCCUUGAAGAGACAUUAGCCAUGUUCUCUGUUCUUUCCAAACCUAAGGCUCUGUCUUCCUCAGCAAACCUUGCUUUGGACUCUGCCUGCUCUUCAUUUCAAAGAAUCUCAAAGGGGAGAGAGAAGAGAAAAACUUGGUAGGCAAGAGCAAGGAAGCCACCCUGAGGUCUUCUCCUGGAAACAGUCAAGGUGAUUUUCCUCCAUGUGUUUUUUCAGGUUCAUGUUCUUUCCUCCUGGCCUAUGAUGUUCAGAUGCUUGUACUUGACUCACGUGUACCCAAAGCUUCCUGUAGGCCAGGAACUGUGUUAAGUACAUUAGUUCUGUGGUCCUCACUAAUGCCCCUGGCAGGUGUAUAUUAACCACCCCCAAUAUGCAGAUAAGAAGUCUGAGACACAGAAGAGUACAAGUGACCUUCCUAAACUCACAGAGGUCAUGCUUGAUGGAGAAUGGAUUCAAAGCCAGGGCCUCAGACCUGCAGGCUUGUCCCUUUGCUAUGAUGUGUGCAGGAUCCCAGCAUUGUUACCCGGUGACAAACCACAAAGAACAAGCUGAGUAUGCAGAUCCCCUUGCAGCCUCCCCAUGAAGGCAAGCAAGGGAGGAGGGCCAGCUAACAUUUGGUGGGCCCAUCAUUUUGCCCAUAUGUCACCUCAUAGAAGCGAACCGUGCCUUCUGGCUCUGCGCCCCUUGUUCUUAACAUCACAGAACUCCAACCAUGGCAGUGGGAGAGUGAGCUGGCCUGCUGGAUACUGUUCAUGCCAAUCUAUUCUCAGCCUCCCACCUGUUAGCCUCAAUCAACCCAACUCAAAUGAAUCCCCCCACUGUUAUCAGGCAGAACCUUGUGUUCAUUCUCAGAAGGCUAACUUGUGAGGGUUGGGGCUAGGGUCUUGUUCCCCAUAUGGUCCCAGGGCCUCUGCGGGGUCCUUGGAGAAAUCCCCACCAUACUCAGUGCUCUAUACCCUCCUUCCUGGUCUCUCCCCUGGCUUGCUUUGUGGUCACUGAUCUGGUGACUUUGUCUGCUAUACACCUACUAUGAUGGAAAACAAAACAAAUAUAACUUAUUUUAUAUCUAUGUUCAGAUUAUACAGAGGAUAUUCUAUGUAUCUAUGAUGUGCUUACUACUGCAGUGCAUUUGUCAUUAGUAUUCAUGUUAAUACAGCACAUUUAUCCUUUGGUACCCAUUUGGUUACAGAGCAUCAUUCCUUGGGGCUGGGUUCUGACUUGGGGUACCUGACGGCUUCUAUGGAACAAAAUUGUUCACUGAGGCCACUCAAAGGGCAGCACUUACAAACAGCAUCCUAUUGGCCUGGUGCUCCUACCAUCUGGUAACCAGCCCAAGCCUAGCUACCACACCCUGCUCCUCUGGAAUGAAGAUGGUCCCCAAACAUCUGGGUUUUCUUCUGCAAACACAUACAUGUUUCUCUUUCAUAUGAAGUGAAUGACAAAGGAAGGCUGAGGCAGAGAGGUCUCACCUUCUCUGGAUAUAGCCCCAAAGUGCCAAGCCCAGCAAUGGAACCAUUCUUCUAUACCUUGCUUUGAGCAGAAGUUGAAAUAGGAAGGAAACAGCAGAGGAAGGUGGAGUCUGUCUUUUUACUUUAAAAAAGCAGGGUGGAGUUGUCUGUGGGUCCCUCUCCCUACUGCUGCGUGGACACACCACAUCACUGCCCUUCCCCAUCUCCUGCUCCUCCCCCUGCAUCUUUAAGACUCUACCCAGGAAGGAUCUAUGAGGCAUUGGAAUUCAUGUUUAUUCUGUUCCUCUCUCCCUGGAAAGAGGAGCUGAUGCCUG